AUUCUCAUCGCGCCACUCGACAAACCUAAAAUGAAAACCAGCUUUCCGGUGAAAUUAGGCCUGAGCUCGGCGCUGGCAUGUCUAUUCAUUGUACUAUUCGGAUUCGUGGCGUUUCCGAAAAUAAUUAAAUCAAAAGUGAAACAGAUGGUGAAUUUGGGACACGGAACGGAUAUUAGGGAUGUGUUUCUCGAAUUCCCUUUUCCAUUCAAAUUCAACGUGUAUGUAUUCAACGUUACCAAUCCCAAGGAUGUACAAAACGGUGCUUUACCCCACGUAAUCGAAGUCGGUCCCUUUUGCUACGACGAAUGGAAAGUUAAAUUGAACGUAACCGAUAACGAGGCGAAGGAUACAAUUUCCUACAUCCCCAGAGACACUUUUACCAAAUCGAGCGGUCCCCACUGCAAAUCAGGUCAAAUGGAAAUCACAAUUCCGAAUGCAAUAAUUCUAGCUACAGUCAAUUCGGUGGUGAGGACGAAACCGGGCGCCUUAGGGGUGAUCAACAAAGCCUUCAAAACGAUCUUCGACAACCCCGAAUCCGUGUUCCUGACGGCCAAAGUCGACGACAUUCUCUUCGACGGCAUCGAGAUUAAUUGCGGAGUCACCGAUUUCGCGGGAAAGGCGACCUGCGUCGAGCUGCGGGAAUCGCCGGCGCUGAAAGCCCGAGGAAAUAUGCUGGAGUUCUCAUUCCUGGGAUACAAAAACGCGACUGUUCAAAGUUCGAUCAGAGCCCUACGAGGGACCAAAAAUUACCGCGACGUUGGAAGAAUCGUGGAAUAUAACGGAACCGCCGACGGUUUAUCCACCUGGCCUACGAAAGAGUGCAACACUAUAACAGGCACCGACGGCACCGUUUUUCCUCCGCUCAUGAAAAAAGAGGAAGGUUUAAAAAACUUCUCGCCCGAUAUUUGCAGAUCGUUAACUCCAUUUUGGGUCAAACGAACCGUAUACGACGGGAUCCCCGUCAAUAAAUUCACAGCGUCGUUGGGCGACAUGUCGACGAAUCCGGAAGAAAAAUGCUACUGUUACACCAACACCACUUGCCUGAAAAAAGGCAUCAUGGAUUUGUACAAGUGCAACAGCGUGCCGAUUUACGCUUCGCUCCCGCACUUCUACGACGCCGACAAGUCCUACGUGGAGGGCGUGAGAGGCUUGAAACCCAACCAAAAGGACCACGAAAUUUCCAUUUUGUUCGAACAAAUGACCGGAAGCCCUUUACAGGUGAGGAAAAGGUUGCAGUUCAGCAUGGCAUUGGAGUCCACUCAAAAAGUCGAUUUGUUUAAAAAUGUCACCAACACCAUCAUCCCUUUGUUCUGGGUAGAAGAGAGCUUAGAUUUAAACAGAACCUUUACGAAGCCUUUGAAGAUGCUGUACACCUUGAAAAGCGUCGUAAACAUAUUCACUUGGUUAAUUUUAAUCGGGUCUUUCGGAGGUAUGACCGGAGCAGCUUACUUAUUUUAUAAAAACAACAACGCCGCUGUAAUGACGGUUACAAAUAAAGUAAACGAAACGGUAGGUUCACAAAACGAGGAGGAUAAAUAUUAAUUUUUAUUAUAAUUUAAUUUUAUUGUAUUCGCUAUUGAAAGUAUUUCGAAUAAAGCUACUGAUAGUUGAAGAUAUCAA